ACCAGAUGACUGUCCAUAACCUGUACAUCUUCGACCGAAAUGGCACCUGUCUGCAUUACAGCGAGUGGAAUCGGAAGAAACAGGCGGGCAUCUCCAAAGACGAGGAGUUCAAGCUGAUGUACGGGAUGCUCUUCUCCAUCCGCUCCUUUGUCAGCAAGAUGUCUCCCCUCGACAUGAAAGAUGGGUUCCUGGCCUUCCAGACCAGCCGCUACAAGCUGCACUACUAUGAGACGCCGACGGGGGUGAAGGUGGUGAUGAACACCGACCUGGGCGUACCUAACUGCAGGGAUAUUCUCCACCAGAUCUACAGCACGCUGUAUGUGGAGUACAUAGUGAAGAAUCCACUGUGUCCCUUGGGAGAGACUCUACAGAGUGAAUUAUUCAACAGCAGACUGGAGUCUUUCAUCAGAGCCCUGCCCUUCUUUAGUGCGCGUGCUGGCUGAGAAAGAGAGAGAGACAGAUAAGGAGGGAGGGAAAAGGAGACAGGGAGGGAGAGAGGGAGGGCAAAAGGAGACAGGUAGACACAGUUGGACUGAGAUACUAAGAUGGAGUCCCAAACUGCUCACUCCCCCCUCUCCUGCUCCCCCUCUGAUGUUCUGAUACGUGCGCAGCAUGAGGAUGCUUUGAGCAACUAGCUGAGGCCUUAUGGGAGAUAUUUUAUG